GUUGUGGGUGAGAAUUGCUCAUGCGGGUACACGUGCUGUAAACAUUGACAUGUGCCAUUCGGAGUUGCUGUAGAAAAUUGUGGAUAUUAGAUUGCUACAGGUGCCCGGUAAUUGGACGAUAAGAUUGAAACUGCCGUUGGCGUAAAUAAAAGCAUCACUGACUGAAAGAGAUGACGAAACUACAUGUGACUUAUUUGAUCCUAUUUUUACCAUGGCUGUGGGUAGUUAGUGCCAUAUGCCCUAAUCAGUGUUCAUGUUAUUUAGAUCACCGUGGUAGAACGACAGUUUCCUGUUCUCAAGGUGGUAUGACAGGAUCCAUACCUGUCCUUAAUUUUAAAAAUGACACCGAAGUUAUCAUAAUAACAGCUCCCGAAAAUAACAUGAACCUUCUCACGAUGGGCCCGGUGUUUGACGAAUUUAAAAAUUUAGAGGAGUUACAUAUAACCAGGUCGAACAUACCUGAGAUGGGGAAAUACUUCUUUUACAGCCUAAGGAAGCUUGAUGUAUUAAAUUUGUCUCAGAACAAUAUUACACAGCCUCUAGAUUAUAAUUUUGUGGGCCUCAAUAAUUUGAACAAAUUAAUUCUAGACGAUAAUAGAAUUGAAUCUCUAGCAAGCGAGACUUUUAGGCAUCUCCAGAAACUUACUGUUCUGUCGAUACGACGAAACAGAAUACAAAAACUCAUGCCUCGAGUGUUCUAUCAUCUGAGUAAACUUAAAGUAUUGAAACUUAGCGGAAAUCGCAUGAGAUAUCUCAAUGCAAUUGUUUUUAAGGACAUUCAGCAAUUGCAGGAGCUUGAAUGCAGAGGGUGUGCCUUGCUUUCAAUUAACGCGGAAGUUUUCCAACAUCUGCAGCAACUAGUUUCUCUUGACUUCGGUUCGAACGAAAUAGAGCGAAUAUUCGCAAACGACUUCAUGCACCUGACAAAUUUGAAAAAGUUGAAGCUCGAUGGUAACCGACUCUCCGCCGUUUCCAACGGGGACUUUGUUUAUUUGACUAAUUUGGAAAAACUAAAUCUAGCAAGAAAUGCAAACAGCAAAAUUGAACCAAAUGCUUUCGAAAGGUUAUCUGAACUGAGAGUUUUAGAUAUCGGUUAUAACAGAUUGGACGAAUUAGAUUCGAACAUGCUAAGAGAUCUUUCAGAUCAGUUAGAAACGUUGGUUUUGAGUGGAAAUGGAUUGUCGAUAUUUUUUGUGAUAACAUUAAGGAAUUCAACUGUUUUGAAGGAAUUGCACUUGGCUGACAUGGGAAUAACGGAUAUCCCACCGGCAGUUUUGCCGCCGAAUUUAGAAGAAUUGGAUUUAUCUGGCAAUUACCUUUUUUACUUUCAGCCUGGAGCGAUUCCUUCAAACCUUUCUGUCCUUGAUAUUUCGCGUAAUCGUUUCAGAGGGCUCAAUGAGGACGUCCUUGUUCAGAUAAGUCAAGUGCCUGUUCUAAAAUUGAAAGAUAAUCCGUGGCUUUGUGAUAUGUGCCACAUAAUCCCACUUUUACAGAGAGUAAAUAUAAGUGAAGAUAUACGAAAUGUACAGUGUUUCGGUCCGCGUUCCCAUGAAGGAAGAAUAUUAGGAACAAUUUUGCAAAACGAGCUCGAAUGGUGCUCCGCUCCUGGCUAUACGACAAGCGACACAAGCGGUUAUUUUCUACAGGACACCAGGAUAGGGAUAAUAGCGGCAACCGCAUCCGUUCUGCUUCUUAUCCUAACGGGAACGGCCAUUAUAGUGGCCCUGUGUUACUCGAAAAGGCACGCUGCAAAAUAUUAUACCCACGAGGAAAAACGGGCGGCCGAAAGCGAGUCGAUUUUCGACAAUCAGAUGAGCUUCCUAGGAGAUGAUAAAGAAAUCAGCUUUAAAUUCCCAGUGGACUACGGAGAGAAAAAGGUUGCCAUUGCCACUAUCGACGACGAGAUAAAGAAAGACAAAAUGAUCACUAACGGACUCUAAAUAGUCUGCGGUUUGUGAAAUUGUUCAUAAGCUGGCCAUUUGUGUGAUAAUGUGAUGUGAUCUAUUGGAAUAAUCUGAAAAGGCUUUAUCAGAAAAGGUUCGAUGUAACGAGUGUUCUUUGUUCGCAAAAAUGUUAAAGGUGCGAAGACAUUUACUUUAUUAUACGCCAGUAUUACGUGUAAUAAUGCGAGAGAAGCGUUUUCGAUGCCAAAUAUGGGGACCAGUGACAAAUACAUUCCCUAAACAACAACAACAAUAACAACAUAGGUAAAUAAAAAGAAUGCCUUAUAAAACCGAUUUUAGAAAUCUCUUUUCUUUUUUUGAAUAUAUACAAUGUAACGUGUGCGUAUUAUAAUACAAAUUAAGCUUUUUAUAAUAUAUAUUGAUGUAUUAAUAAUGCCUUAAUAUACGGUAAUAGUUUGAUAUUAGAAGUGAUUUAGAAUGACAUAAACUUUGGUCUUAGAUUGCGCGAUGACUCCUUCCGUUUAUUGAUUUUUACCAAUUUCUAUCAUUUAAAUACCUACAUUUACUGGUAGAAUGGUUAGAAUCAAAACAAUAACAGCCGAUGUCAUUGUCUCCCAAAUGUACAAUAUGAAUGAGAUGAGAAGGUUCAUGCCAUUCUAAACCACCUAUACCGUACGAUACAUGGUACAAAUCAUGACACUAGAUAUACUGUGUUAUCAGCAUACCAUCGUUGUUUAAAAGAUAAACAUAUAUUAAGAAGAUUUACUAAAGAGUGCGAAAAUUGGUCCCGUAUAACGGACAGGGAAAAGGCGGGUUUUCCCCAAAAAAAUAUAUGCAUACGUGGGUAUCUUUAAAGUGCGUAUUAUUAUAGUGAAAAUAAAAUCAUUUCUUCAUUGCUGAAUUAGCCAGUAAAUUUGCGAAAAUGUAGUUUUCCAGUAUUUUAAAAUUUUCUCGACUGUUUACGAAAAAAUGUUUCAAGAAGAAGUCGAAGAAGAUACUAAAGAGAUAUACAAAAAUCGCUAUUUUUUAAAUAAACUAUUAUGAUCUGAUAUCUGUGGUCAAUUGUUUAUUAAAAAGGCACUUUUGACAACUUAAUUAAGAGUUGUACUUUUAAUCUGAAUUUAUGACUUCGCAAAAUAAUUUGCAAAAAAGUGUUUACUUGGAAAAUGAAAUAACAAGACGAAUUUUAUUGCAAUCGGCAGUUUUUCUAUUAGAAAGACACGAUUUAUUUUGUAAAUUAAAAAAAAACAUCAUCUACGACCAAUAGAAGCUGAGAUAAUUAAUAAAUAAUACAUUGUAAAAGGUGCCCAAAUAUGCAAAGGUAUCGCUGUUUGCUUUUUUUUGGAAUCACCCUCCGAAUUGACUCUUUUUCCUGGUCUAAAAACGACUGCUGCUAAAUGCUAUUCGAGCAAUUACAUUGUCGUUUCGUUCUAAUUUUGUUUAAUUAAAAAUAAAAUUAGUAGCAGCAGGUUUAGUGCCAACUUACAUAAAUAACAAUAGUGCUAACUUUACUAUUAAGCCAGUUGUUGAGCACCCUUUAGUAAAUCAACAUAAAAGGUACUGAAACCGGGUUCUAAGUAUUAUUUUGCUUAUGACAAAGUAUUAUAUUCGAGACUUCAUACUUAAUUAUCACUUGACUGUUUAUUGAUUUUUUUAAAUCUUAUUUAUAUCCUAUGGUAAUUACAAAGAUUUUGUAAAUACGAGUAAAUAUCUAAUAUAUUUUAAAAAAAAGAUUACAAACUGUAAUGUUUAUUUACUUCGCUUGUAAUUUUGAUACAGAUAAUUAUUUCUUCUUUUAUUUUAAUUAUUUUUGUGAGUAUUAUAGAAAUUAAGUAGAUGUGAUAAACUUGUAAACUGUUUUUGUACAGAUUCCAUAAGAUUACAUUAAUUUUAUUAAAUCUGUUCAAUUCAAAUGAAAAUUUCCUCAAUAAAACUAAA